AAAGGGAGAGAAGAGCAAAGGGGCUUUUCUCUGCUUUCUGUGUCAAGGUAGCUGAGUCCAGAAAGGAGAGCCGGGACUUGGCAGUGGAGGGGGUAAAGGGGGAGGCUGCCUAUCCCCAUCCUUGUGAGAAGCAGCCUCCUGCUGGUGGUGCCUUGGAGCCCAGGGGGCAGACUGAGCAGGCCCGUGUGUACCACAGCUUGGGCCCCACCAGCUGACAAAUGCAGAGCUGGGCUGGGGUGAGUGGUAGAAACUUACUGAGCCAGGCACUGAUGUCAUCCCAGCAUCUUAAUGGGGGUGGGGGUGGGGACCAACGUGCAGGGAACUUUAUACAAUGAGAAAGACUUCAAAAGAAGCAAGAAGGUGAUCAUGCGUUGUUUAACCACUCAGAUGUGAGAACCCUCUAUUUCACGAUUAUUCCAUCCACAGUUAUUCUUCUGCCUGUAACUAUCCUUGUUACGAAUUGUAAUGAAUCAGUCUUUCCCCUUGUCCACACACACAGAUGUAACCCUGGUCCCCAGAAACUGUAUCCUGCUCCAUCCCAGUCAUGCCAUAAGUUAUGGGCUAUUUGUCAGACACAAAUUGGGCAUGCUAGGAGCUCUUCCACAGGCAAAGGGACAGAGAUUCACAGUGACAGAGAGCCAGGAGGGCACAAGGGUAAGAUCCCUGGUUUUGCACCUCAGUCUCCUUCCUCAUGCGUCCAAAUGCCAGAGAACAUUUUAGGGGCAGUAGUACUCUGCAUUGGGAGGCAUCUUCUGUCACCCCUCCCUCAUUUCCUCCUUUUCUCUCUUUCCGAGGUUGGGUCUUGCUAUGUAGCCCAGGCUGGCCUGGAAGGGAGCGAUCCUGCCUGAAGUCUCCGAGUCAGGAAGUGGGCAGGUAAAUAGCAGACCCGGUGCAGCACGUGGAUCCGAAGGGCUCAGCGCGGGGUGUAGGCACGUGGUGCCACCGUUCCCGCUGAGGCUGCGGCUGGCCGGGCAGGCUCCAAGAUGGAGCCCCAAGUCCCCCCAAAAGCCUCGGGGGGCACCAGGAAAGGUUCUGGGAAGACCUGGGAGGGCUCAGAAGAGAUUAGGAAGGAUUCUAAAGAUAGCAGGGAAGUUAUUGACGACAUGACGAAAGACAAUGAAGAGAUCCUGAACAGCCCUGACCAGGUCAGGAAGGGGUCUCCUGAUGUCAAGAAGAAGAAGAAGAUAAAGAAGAAAAGAGUUAAACCGAAGGGGGAUCUUGACUCCAAGAAGUUGGAUUUCGUCGAGGACAGUUGGUGGAAGGGGUCUCUUAAGAACAAGAAUUUGGAUUUUGCCGAGUACAAUUGGGUCUUGGUCGAUAACAGGAGAGUUUCGGUAGACAGCAGGAAGAGUUCGGCCGAUAGCAAGAGGGGUUCGGCCGAUAGCAAGAGGGGUUCGGCCGAUAGCAAGAGGGGUUCGGCCGACAGCAAGAGGGGUUCGGCCGACAGCAAGAGGGGUUCGGUCGAUAGCAAGAGGGGUUCGGUCGAUAGCAAGAGGGGUUCGGUCGAUAGCAAGAGGGGUUCAGUCGAUAGCAAGAGGGGUUCAGUCGAUAGUAAGAACAGAUUUAGCCCCAAGAAGAUGGAUUUCAGUGAGGACAGAGAAAUAUCUCAACCCACCUUUCUCAGGGCGCAACAAAGCAAGGUGCCAUGGGCCCUGAUGAGAGCAUUGGGUCUUUUCAAGCUGUCCCUCCCAGAUAUCCGUCGGUAUUAUAAUCUGACCUCCCACGACCCCCUGGCCUUAGACAAGGAUCGUCAGCCACGUGAGAAGAGCCACAUGGCAACAGUGAAGAAGUUCUGGGGUAACCAGCAACCUCUCUCUAAGAUCCCGUAUAAGAUUCUGAUCGGGCAUGACCACAUCGUGAGUUCCUGCCACUUUUGUAUGAAUGACACAAGGUUCCUCAGUAGCUCCUACGACUGCUCCGUGAAGCUGUGGGAUGCUGAAGAUGGAACUGUGAUUUGGGACUUUGAGCCACGACCCAAAGCUCCUGUUUUAGAGUGCAGCAUCACGGCUGACAACAGAAGGAUAGUGGCGUCAUCCUAUGAUAAAACGGUGAGGGCUUGGGACGUUGAGACAGGUCAGCUUCUGUGGAAAGUCAGGCACGAUACCUUCGUAGUGUGCUGUAAAUUCUCUCCCAACGGGAAGUUCGUGCUGUCAGCCUUGGAUGUGGAUCGCGGGAUCUACCUAAUGGAUCCAGAAAACAUCACCACCGUGAUCCAUAUGAAAGAUCAUCACCAAAGGUCCAUCACUUCAUGCUGCUUUGACCCUGACAGCCAGAAGGUGGCUUCUGUCUCCAUGGACAGGUGUAUCAAGAUCUGGGACAUCACAUCCCGAACCACGCUGUUUACCAUUCCCAAGGCGCAUUACAAUGCCAUCUCAGACUGCUGUUUCACCUCCACUGGCCACUUCUUAUGUACCAGCUCCUGGGAUAAAAACAUAAAAAUCUGGAAUGUCCACACGGGGGAGUUUCGAAACCGCGGAGCCUGCGUGACUCUGAUGAAGGGCCACGAGGGCUGUGUGAGUUCCUGCUGCAUUGCCAGAGACAGCUCUUUUCUCAUUUCUGGUGGAUUUGACAAAACUGUGGCUAUUUGGGAUGUAGGAGGUGGCUACCGGAAGUUGGCAUUGAAGGGCCACGAGGACUGGGUGACGGAUGUUGCUAUUAGCAACAACAAGAAAUGGAUCCUCUCGGCUUCAAAGGAGCCGCCCGGGAAUAUGGCGCUCAGUCCUCUCUUCCAUCUGUCAAUCUGGGGAUGGCCAGGUGGAUCUGAUCUGUACCACGAGUGCUUGAGUUUUUGCUGGAGAAGCCUGACCCGUCAAUGGCACAGCAGACAGCCAGCCUUGCAGGGCAAGCACCAGCUCACAGCUAAGCAGCCACGCCCUCCCGAGGCCCCAGAUGGGUUUCUCCCCUUCCACAACAGUCAUCUGAGGACAUCCAUUCUAGUGGCACACAACUGUCCCUCACUCAGAGGCUGUGCCAGGACAGUUCCAUGAGACUAUGGAAUAUUGAAGAAAUUGACAAAAUUCCUUUGGUUUCUGAAAACAAAAAGGCCAUGGGAUUAAAAGUCAGGC